AUGAUUAUUCUAUCCUGGAAUGUUAGGGGUCUGCGACGACCUGAAAAGAGAAGAAAAAUUAAAAACUUAGUUAGGGAGAGGAAGAUUGAUGUCUUGCUGCUGCAGGAGACAAAGAGGAGUAAAGUAGACGACAAGUUCCUUAAGUCAUUAUGGCCAUGGGAGGAGCUAGAGAGCAUGGAGGUGAGGGCUGAAGGGAGUGCUGGUAUGGGUCUUCAUAAUUUUAGUUGUGUGAUUAUUAAUAUUUAUGCACCCAAUGAUGUGUUGAAAAGAAGACAGUUAUGGUAUGCUUUAGCCCAGCUUAAAUCAGCUUUCUCAAGUCCCUGGUGUAUAGGUGGAGAUUUUAACGAAAUAAGAUUCAUGAGUGAAAGAAAAGGAUGCUCUAGAAGGGAAAGAGGGAUGAAGGACUUCAAUGAAUUGAUUGAAAAGUUGGAACUGAUUGAUAUACCAAUGCUAGGCAGAAAUUUCACUUGGUGUAAUGCGAUGGAUGGAGAUAGAUGGAGUAGGAUUGAUAGAUUCCUUCUAGAUCCUACGUGGUUGGAAAAAUUAAAGUUGAAACAGUGGGGACUACCUCGAACCAUUUCUGACCAUUGUCCAAUACUCCUCAUGGAGGACGAGCGGGAUUGGGGUCCAAAACCUUUUAGAUUCAUAAAUGCAUGGUGUUUGCAUCCUAAAUUCAAAGAAGCAGUAAAGAAUUGUUGGGAAGAAACACAGGUAAGUGGGUGGGCCAGUUAUAAGCUAUUGAAAAAGCUAGGAAAUCUGCGAGUAUACCUAAGAAGAUGGAACUACGAGGUGUUUGGUAACCUUGAUGAACAGCUGAAACAAGCAGAGGAUGAAAUUCAUGAAUGGGAUUUAAAAGCUGAAGAAAGGAUUCUCCAUGAUUCUGAAAUUAAAAGAAGGGCAGAAGUUAGAAGUUUAGCCUGGGAUUUGAGCAAGAAAAAGGAAUGGUUGUGGCAUCAAAAAUCUAGAAUGGUGUGGGCUCAAAAUGGGGAUAAAAAUACCAGAUUGUUUCAUAUAAUGGCAAGUAAAAGGCAAAGGAAAAACUUAUUGAACUCAGUUAAUGAGCAUGGAGUACUGCAUGAUCAGCCUGGGAUGAUUAAACAGGCUGUGGUUAGCCAUUAUACCCAGCUGUUCAUUGAAGGAUGGAGGUGUAGACCAAAGCUGUCAGGUGUUUUUGCCUCAAUUAGUCAAAUAGAUUCAACUGAAUUAUUGGAGGCAGAUUUUUCCACUCCUAUGGAAAAUCCAGUGGGUCUAUGUGACUAUAGGCCAAUCAGUUUGGUUAGCUCCAUGUAUAAAAUAAUUGCCAAAGUCUUAUCAAAAAGGUUGAGGCAGGUCCUACCCAAGAUCAUUAGUGAAGUACAAACGGCAUUUCUGAGUGGAAGAUAUAUUCUAGAUGGAGUCCUAAUUGCCAAUGAGGUGGUGGAUUGGUGGAAAAGGUCAAAAAAGAAAGGAAUCAUACUAAAAUUGGACUUUGAAAAGGCAUAUGACUCAGUAAAUUGGGAGUUUUUGUAUUCAAUGAUGGCCAAUUUUGGUUUUGGUGAGAAAUGGGUGGGCUGGAUAAAGACGUGUAUAUCUACAGCUAGAAUUUCAGUACUAGUUAAUGGUUCACCUACUUCAGAGUUCUCCCCUAUGAAAGGCCUUAGGCAAGGUGACCCACUUUCACCUUUCCUUUUUAACAUUGUAGCUGAGGGCCUUAAUAUACUUAUGGAAAGAGCCAAAGAAGAGCGUUUGAUCAGAGGAGUCUCAGUAGGACCAAAUGAGUUAAAACUAUCACAUUUGCAAUUUGCUGAUGAUACUAUUAUCUUUUGUGAAGCUGAUUGGGAAGAAAUCGUUGCGGUGAAAAGGAUCUUAAGAUGCUUUGAGGUGAUGUCAGGACUCAAAAUAAAUUUCCAUAAAAGCAAAGUGUGUGGGGUGGGUGUUCAGGAUGACUUAGUAAAGGUCUUUGCAAAGAAACUUAACUGCCUCAGCCAAAAGCUGCCAUUAAACUAUCUGGGUCUUCCAUUAGGAGCAAAUCCUAGAAGUAAGAGCUCAUGGAAACCAGUAGUGGACAAGUUUAAGAGUAAGCUAGCUUCUUGGAAGAGAAGGUAUUUGUCUUUUGCAGGAAGAUUAACACUGAUAAAGUCUGUUUUGUCAAGCUUGCCAGUCUAUUUCCUAUCCCUAUUCAAGUUACCAGUGGGGAUUGCAAAAUCACUAGACAAAAUUCAAGCCAAUUUUCUUUGGGGAGGCUCUGAAAUCCAGAAAAAAGUGCACCUAGUUAGCUGGAAGGAGAUUUGUCUAAGCAAAGAUCAAGGUGGGCUAGGUGUGAGAAACCUAAGUCAAGUUAAUGAGUGCCUCUUAAUUAAAUGGUGGUGGAGAUAUGGCAAAGAGGAUUCAGCUUUAUGGAAACAAGUGGUGUGCAGCAAGUAUGGAAGUGUGGGUGGCAGAUGGAGCCUAUUUUUAGGUGAGUCUCGGUCUAUGUCAAAUUUGUGGAAGGGUGUACUUUCAGUGGCUGCAGAAAAUCCUGACUUGCGAGAUUUCUUUUUGCUAAACUUCAAGGUAAUUGUUGGAAAUGGUAGACGAGUGCGGUUCUGGAUUGAUAGGUGGCUUAAUAAUCAAAGUCUGAAGGAGGUAUUUCCCAGAUUAUUUUCCUUGGCAGUUGAAAAGGAUGGCACCUUGUUUGAGCAUGUCCAUAGCAGAGGUGUGGGUACAGCCUGGAACAUUGAUUUUAAGAGGCCUCUUCUUGCUUGGGAAGAGGAGGAAGUGUUGAAACUUAAUGAUUUGGUUCGGAGAGUUCCUACACUAAAUGAAGGCGCUGAAGACUAUUGCUAUUGGUUAGCGCACCCUUCGGGAGUCUUUACUGUGUCAUCAGUAUGGAAGUGGGUGGCAGCAUGUAAAGGGCCAAAUAUCUCAGUCACCAAAAGCAUUUGGAAUAACUUAGCCCCUCCCAGAGUACAGUUUCUGAGCUGGUUGGCUUGGAGAGGUAGGAUUAAGUCCUCUGAAUUCCUACAAAGAAUUGGAGUUUUGAAUUCUAGUGUUAGUGCACUGUGUGUGUUUUGUAAAACUGAGGUGGAGUCUCUAAAUCAUGUCCUCCUUCACUGUCCUAGGAUCUGGAGAAUAUGGGCCAGUAUUAUGUGUUGGUGGAACUUCAGCUGGGCUAUUCCUGGUUCAGUGGAGGCAGUACUCCACUGCUGGUUAGGUCCAGUUAUGAAGAAAAAGGUAAAGGAGAUCUGGAAGAUGAUACCUUUGGCAGUAUUGUGGUCUGUGUGGAAACUAAGGAAUGAGUGCAUAUUUAACGAAGCACAACCACCUGUGGAUGAGUUGGCUGAUCUGGUAAAAACCAGAGUUGCUAUGUGGACUGUAUCUUCCUUGAGAGAGUUUAAUUACUCGGUGCAUGAUGUGUUAUAUAACCUGAAGCAGUGGCAGCAUUCUUCAUGA